AUGGGCUCUCGUCUACAUACUCGAGAGAUCCAGAACGGACCCCCGCUUCCAUACAACGAUGAUAUUAGGGCGUUUAGCAAGGAGUACGCAGAGUCACUCGAUGCUCAAGACCCUUUGCACCGGUUCCGCAACGAGUUCGUCAUUCCCUCCAAGGAAGAUCUAAAGAGGACGACAUUGGAUCCGAAUCAGGAACCCGAACAUUCUCCCACUCCAAGCUUAUAUCUCUGUGGAAACUCACUCGGACUUCAACCUCAAAGUACCCGAAAGUACAUUGAAUAUUACCUCCGGGCCUGGGCAACCAAAGGUGUAACGGGCCAUUUUGUCCAACAUGACGACCAAUUGCUUCCCCCAUUUGUCGACGUCGAUGCUGCUGGAGCCAGGCUCAUGGCGCCGAUUGUGGGAGCAAUGGAAAGCGAAGUCGCAGUCAUGGGCACAUUGACGACCAACCUCCAUAUCCUCAUGGCCAGCUUCUAUCAGCCCACCCAGGAAAGGUACAAGAUUAUCAUCGAGGGCAAAGCCUUCCCCAGCGACCAUUAUGCGGUUGAAUCCCAAAUCAAGCAUCACAACUUCGACCCAAAGGAUGGCAUGGUCCUCAUAGAGCCAGAAGAUCAUACCCGCCCCGUCCUGGAUACCGAACAUAUAAUCCGAACCAUUGAUGAACAUGCAUCGAGUACGGCGGUUAUACUGUUAUCUGCGAUACAGUACUAUACCGGACAAUACUUUGACAUUAAGAGGAUAACUGCUCACGCUCAGUCCAAGGGUAUCCUGGUUGGCUGGGACUGUGCCCACGCUGCAGGCAAUGUCGAUUUGCAGCUACAUGACUGGAACGUCGACUUCGCCGCGUGGUGCACUUACAAGUAUCUCAAUAGCGGACCAGGAGGCACGGCCGCUCUCUUUGUGCAUGAAAGACAUGGCCGGGUGAAUUUGGAACAGGUUAAUUCCGAAUCAGAGCCUUUCCGUCCACGCUUGUCAGGUUGGUGGGGAGGAGAUAAGAAGACUCGUUUCCUCAUGGACAACAAUUUCAUACCCCAGCCGGGUGCCGCGGGAUUUCAGCUAUCAAAUCCAUCGGUGCUGGACAUGAAUGCAGUAGUGGCAUCCUUAGAGCUGUUCAAACAGGCUUCGAUGGCUGAGAUUCGGAAAAAGUCACUGCACAUCACAGGCUACCUAGAACACCUCCUUCUCAACUAUCCGCUGGACACACCCUCCGAAAAGAAGCCCUUCACAAUCAUCACUCCUUCCAAUCCAGCCGAGCGCGGUGCCCAGCUUAGUGUUCGUCUCCAACCUGGCCUCCUCGACCACGUUCUGGAAACGUUGGAGGAUAAUGCAGUAGUCAUAGACGAGAGGAAGCCUGACGUCAUUCGCGUUGCACCAGCACCUCUUUACAACACGUAUACGGACGUCUGGGAAUUCUGCCGAAUUUUCCACGAGGCUUGUCAAAAGGCGCUCAAGGCGCGCGGGUAA